UACUGAUGUAUGCAUUAUUUUUUUUCUUGGUAAAGCUUUGCUUUAAAUUUUAUCAUUUUUAAUUGAGGUAGUAUAUAUGUAUAAUGUCUGAGUUUUAGACCAUGCAAGGCGUUAGGUUUCCUAAAUUUAAAAGAACCAUUUGGCAAUGGAUAGCAUAUUUUUCUGAUUUUUACAAUUGUUGUUGUUAGUGGAGAUAAAUUGACAGUUAUAUGUUGAACGGGGUUCUCAUUAUAGUUAGAUAUUCUUUAUAGGGAUACUAAAACUGUUUAGUUUACUGAAGAUGUUAUAAUGAAUGAUGGCCAGUUAAACUAUUUAGUAUAAAAAAAUGCUUUCCCUUUUUUACACAACUUAAAAUUUUCUUGUUUCUUAAGUCUAGGGUAACACAGCAAAUUUUGGGGUAGAAGUAUAUCAGCUACCAAAUUAAAUGCAUGUGUACCAUAUAGAUAAUUUAAGAAAUAUUUUUAUAUAUUGAGAAGUGACUUGCAUUAAUUUUCCCUUUUCACCAGCACCUCCUUGUCAUUUUGACUGCACUUAAUAAAUCACCCCUAAAUUAGUCUAAAAUAUGCUUAUGUAUAUUUUAAUAUAAAAUUACAUUGCAUGGCUUUCUGACUUGGGUUUUUGUUGUAAAAGUGCCUGUUUUGUUCAUGUGUCCUGAGAGAACAAGCAUUGUGACAUACGUGGCUAACUUAAAAGCAGAUUGCCUGUGAAGCACAAUUUGAGUCCAAUUUUUUGAGAGAUGCUCGAGUGGUAAAAGACAUGGCAACAGGAAAGUCUAAGGGAUAUGGCUUUGUCUCCUUUUUCAACAAAUGGGAUGCCGAAAACGCCAUACAACAGAUGGGUGGCCAGUGGCUUGGUGGAAGACAAAUCAGAACUAACUGGGCAACCCGAAAGCCUCCAGCUCCAAAGAGUACAUAUGAGUCAAACACUAAACAGCUGUCAUAUGAUGAGGUUGUGAGUCAGUCUAGUCCAAGCAACUGUACUGUAUACUGUGGAGGUGUUACUUCUGGGCUAACAGAACAGCUAAUGCGCCAGACUUUUUCACCAUUUGGACAAAUAAUGGAAAUUCGGGUCUUUCCAGAUAAAGGAUAUUCAUUUGUUCGGUUCAAUUCCCAUGAAAGUGCAGCACAUGCAAUUGUGUCUGUUAAUGGUACUACAAUUGAAGGUCAUGUUGUGAAAUGCUAUUGGGGCAAAGAAACUCUUGAUAUGAUAAAUCCCGUGCAACAGCAGAAUCAAAUUGGAUAUCCACAACCUUAUGGCCAGUGGGGCCAGUGGUAUGGAAAUGCACAGCAAAUUGGCCAAUAUAUGCCUAAUGGUUGGCAGGUACCUGCAUAUGGAAUGUAUGGCCAAGCAUGGAACCAGCAGGGAUUUAAUCAGACACAGUCUUCUGCGCCUUGGAUGGGACCAAAUUACGGAGUACAGCCACCUCAGGGGCAGAAUGGCAGCAUGUUGCCUAAUCAGCCUGCGGGAUAUCGAGUGGCGGGGUAUGAAACCCAGUGAAAAAGGACUCCAAAAUCUAAAGCCAGUGGCUUGAGGCUACAGGGAGUGUAGUGAAGCCGUUGUUUACUUAAAGAUUUAUCAAAUCAGUCAGUGCAAAUAUCAGAUACAAUGUAUUUAUUUAAAAGAUUCAUUUUUAAUCAUGAAAUUACUUAUCAUCCACAUUGUUUUAAAAAGAAACAAGAUGCUGGAUGUCUGCCAAUUUUUGCCUUCAUUACCUGUUUUGAUAAAGUUUCUCAGAUCCUUGUUUCAAAUACAAAUGCAGGGAUUGCUGCCACUUUUUUAAAAAAAGUAAGAGGCAGAAAAUUGCACAAUGUUGAACUUUUUUCCACUAUUGUAGUAUACAGUUCUAGUUUGCAUUCCUGACAUGAUUUAAAACAUGUAAUAUAAAGAUGUUAAAAAAAAAAAAAAAAAAAAA